AAUCCCGCUCAAACGCCAAAUAUCUUUGUCAGGCCAGGCUUGGAUUAUCAUUUCAAUAGUGAUCUUGGUUUACUCGUUAAUAAUUUUCUUUAGUUUCUUACUGUAAUAUUUGUAGCAGUUUUUAAUUAUGGUUGUAGCGGGUUCAAAAACACCUGAAAAACCAAAGGGGCGCAUGUUCGUCCACAAAAGAGAUGGCCGAAAGGAGAUUGUACAUUUUGACAAAAUCACCUCAAGAAUCCAAAAGCUGUGCUAUGGCUUGAAUCAAGAUUUUGUAGAUCCUGCUGAAAUAGCAAUGAAGGUUAUUUCCGGCCUCUACCCAGGUGUGACAACUGUUGAGUUGGAUAACCUGGCUGCUGAGACUGCUGCCACUUUAACCACCAGACACCCUGAUUACGCUAUCCUUGCUGCACGCAUUGCUGUCUCCAACCUACACAAGGAGACCAAGAAAACAUUCUCAGAUGUGAUCGACGACUUGUACAACAUGGUACAAGAGUUGACCGGCCUCAAGACUCCUAUGAUCUCGGAUGAAACGCACACCAUUGUCAUGGAGAAUGCAGAUGUUCUUAACUCUUCCAUCAUCUACGACAGAGAUUUCAACUACAAUUACUUUGGGUUUAAGACUCUGGAGAGAUCAUACCUGCUGAAGAUCAAUGGGAAAGUGGUGGAGCGACCACAGCACAUGUUGAUGAGAGUAUCAGUAGGUAUACACGGCCGAGAUAUCCCUGCGGCCAUUGAGACAUACAACUACCUGUCUGAGCGGUACUUUACUCACGCUUCCCCCACGCUCUUCAGUGCAGGCACACCCAGACCACAGCUCUCCAGCUGUUUCUUAAUAGCUAUGCGUGAAGACAGUAUCGAAGGCAUCUAUGACACUCUCAAGCAGUGUGCACUUAUCUCCAAGUCAGCUGGUGGUAUCGGAGUACAUAUACACUGUAUAAGAGCCAAAGGCACGUACAUCGCUGGUACCAAUGGAGUGUCUAAUGGUCUUGUACCCAUGCUUCGAGUGUUCAACAACACGGCACGUUACGUAGACCAGGGAGGCAACAAGAGACCAGGAGCGUUUGCGAUCUACUUGGAGCCAUGGCACUCAGAUGUGUUUGAGUUUAUUGCAUUGCGCAAGAACACGGGUGCUGAGGAGGUGCGAGCACGAGACAUGUUCUUUGCUCUAUGGAUCCCAGACCUGUUCAUGAAACGGGUGGAGGCAGACGAUGUCUGGAGUCUUAUGUGUCCUCACAAGUGUCCAGGACUUACUGAUUGUUGGGGGGAGGAGUUUGAGAAACUAUACACCAAAUACGAGAGUGAGGGGCGCUACACAAGACAAGUGCAGGCACGCCAACUGUUCUUCGCCAUCUUAGACGCCCAGGUAGAGACUGGUGUUCCGUACAUGUUAUAUAAGGAUGCCUGCAACCGCAAGAGCAAUCAGCAGAACCUUGGAACCAUCAAGUGUAGCAACCUAUGCACAGAGAUUGUCGAGUACACCAGUAAGGAUGAGAUAGCCGUCUGCAACUUGGCUUCCAUCGCUGUCAACAUGUUCGUCAAACCAGACAAGACCUACGACUUUGCCAAGCUAAAGGAAAUCACCAAAGUUGUGACCAGAAACCUCAACAAAGUAAUUGAAGUCAACUUCUAUCCCGUCCAAGAGGCUCGUAACUCAAAUAUGAGACACCGUCCUGUGGGAAUCGGUAUCCAAGGCCUGGCUGAUGCCUUCAUUCUGAUGAGAUUACCGUUUGAGAGUGAACCUGCUCAGAAACUGAACCUACAAAUUUUUGAAACCAUCUACUACGCUGCUCUGGAGGCUUCAUGUGAACUGGCAGAGAAACUUGGCCCUUAUGAGACAUACCCUGGAAGCCCAGUCAGCAAAGGGAUCCUGCAGUAUGACAUGUGGGGAGUUACACCCACCGACCUGUGGGACUGGGCUGCACUCAAGGCUAAGAUCGCAAAGCAUGGUGUACGAAACUCGCUGUUAUUGGCCCCCAUGCCCACUGCAUCUACCGCACAGAUUCUUGGCAAUAACGAGUCCUUCGAGCCCUACACUAGUAACAUCUAUUCACGACGAGUGCUCUCUGGCGAGUUCCAGGUGGUCAACCAUCACUUGCUGAGGGACCUGGUUGAGCUAGGUCUAUGGGACGAGGACAUGAAAGCUCAGCUAAUACAAGAAAAUGGUUCAGUCCAAAACAUUGAAGGUAUCCCCCAGGAUCUGAAGGAUCUGUACAAGACUGUGUGGGAGAUAUCGCAGAAAACCAUACUCAAGAUGGCGGCAGACCGAGGAGCUUUCAUCGACCAGUCACAAUCGCUAAAUGUUCACAUUGCUGAGCCCUCGUACGCCAAGCUGUCCUCCAUGCACAUGUAUGGCUGGAAAGCGGGUUUGAAAACUGGUAUGUACUACCUGAGGACCAAACCUGCAGCCAAUGCAAUCCAGUUCUCUAUUGACAAGUCGAAAAUGAAGAAAUCCCUGGCCACCGAAACCAACGGUGCUUCGAACGGAAAAGCUUCGUCUGCGAAAGAAGAUUCAGAAGAUGUAAAAGCCUACAACAUGAGUGGAAUGGUCUGUUCCUUGGACAACAAAGACGAGUGUCUCAUGUGUGGCUCGUAGUAACGUCAUACCCCACACACUGUUUUACACCAAAAGAGCCUUAGUGUAUUUGUUCCUUAUAGAGCAGCAUUAGAGAUGUUCUAUUAUGAAAUGUAGUAUUUUUGUCCAAAUCAGUAAUUCUUGUGUUUUUAUUAUGCAUAGCAUACUAAAAUAUUAACUUGAAAUUGUAUUUAUAUGUGUAUAUGUAGCUUUUUUACUUUGUUACAAACGUUUUUACAUCACCACUUAACCAUACAAGUUGGAUAAUAUGUAGCAUAAGUACAAAUUUUCAAAGUAAAUAGUUUUUCAAAUAUAAUAUUUUUUACAUGUUAUUUUAAUUCUGGUAUUAACAAAAAUUUAUUUUCUUGAACACAAUGUUUUAAAACUAAAGAUGGUUAUUUAGGUAUUUUAUUUGAUUCAUUGUGUAGAUUAUUGUAUUGUUGAUCGUUGUAAAUUGCUUUGUUGUUUUAUAGCUUGUAUUAGAGUUAGCUUUAUUUCUCAAAAGCGUUUGCAUAAAAUUGCCAGAGUGGAAUGAAACUGAACUGUUUGUUUUAAAUAAUCUAUUUACCAUUUUUUGAUUCUACAGUUGAAACAAGUAACCAGUGUAUUAGCUUUAUAUUUAAUAAUUUUACAAUAUAGAUUAAUUGUUCAACAUGCCUUAUGUUUAAGUUUCUGAUAUAUUAAUUGCUCAUGGAACAAAGUAGUUAUUGUGUGUUCUAUUCUCAUACACCUUUAUAUUUAGGACUUGUUAUUAUUAUGUACUUAAAUUUGUUUACACCAAGAAAGUAACCUAAGGGCGUAUUUUGUGUAGGCUUGUACUAUAGUACAAUUUGCUACACCAUGUGAAUGCGCUUUAUACAUGAAAUUUUUUACAUGAAUAAAUUAAAGCGUUAUUAUUAUA